CACAGACUCUGCUGCAUGCUUUGAUCAUGCCAGUACAACAUUUGUAGAUAAUAAAUUUAGUACAGAAAACAACAACAACAACAGCCACAGUACUAAGUUGGGUCCAUCCCUUCUCAGCAAGAAUACACAACACAACAACAACAACAACAACAGCAGCAGCAGCAGCAACAGUAGGGAGUCUUUAUUUGAAGGUCAGCAAAGACCUGUCGUCACACCGUUACACGUCAUCGACAGCAAGUGUGAUGGCAGUAAGAGUAAGACAUCGCAGCAACAGCAGCAGAAACAACAACAGUCGUUACAACCACUACUACCACCACCACCACAACAACAACAACAAAAACUGCAACUUCACACAGAACAACUGCAAGAAAAGCAAAUGCCACCCACAGCCAAGCAUCUUGUAGCGACAACAAGAACAACUGCCAUAGCAGCUGCAGCAGUCAACAGAAGCAGUAGAGCAACAAGUGAAGAAGAGCUUCAUCCGUCACUGUGUAUGAUAUCUUCAGCAGCAGCAGCAGAAGCAGCAAUAUUUUCUUGCCAGCAGCAAGAUGAUAGAAGACAAAGAAAUGUCUUGCAUACGACGACGACAACAACAGCAACGUCUCUGUCACCACCAUCACCACCACCACCACUAUCAACAAGAGCAGUAGAAGCAACAACAACAACAACAACACCAGCAUCAUCAGCUUUGUCGUCGCCGUCGUCAUCGUCGUCGUCAUCAUCAUCCUCCUCCUCGUCAUCAACAUUGUCAUCAACAGCUGCAAAAAUAACUGCAACAGAAACGUCAAAAGUGUCUGCAGUAACAACAGGUUCAGUUUCAGCAAUAACAGUUUCGACACUAGCAGUAACUGCAACAGCAACAUCAGUAACAACAACAGUGUCAUCACCAUCACCAUCAUCUUCAUCAUCAUCAUUUUCAUCAAUUGCGCAACCACAUCAGAAGAUUAUUUGUGCUAUCAACAACAAUAGUACUACCAACAACAACAACACCACUUCCAACAGUAUUGCGACUAUCAACAGCAGCAAGACUAAUACUAACGUUAGUACAACUGCCCUUAAGACUCAGGCUGCAGGAGAUGUGCAUUCGGCUGUAGCGUCAGUCGAAGGUGGAAUGAGCAGGAAGCGCAGUGCUGCUGGGACGACUGUUGUAUCCAGUGGAACCAGUGGUGUGAAGCGAAUGAUGUGCAAAGUAAGCAGCAGCACUGGAAGUAGUGCUGGUAGUGGUAGCACGAACAGAGACACCGGAAUAGUAGUAGUGACACCUGACUUCUCUGCUUUGGGCGACACAGUGUCUGAAGAGAGUACAAGGAGCUACAGUGCCCCAACAGGUAAUAACGGUCCAGGAAAUUCCCUUGCCGCCGCUGCCCCCGAGGCCAUCUCUAAUGCUGCAACCACCCCUGAUUUUUCUGUUGUUGUCCUACCCCAUGCUACUUCACCUCGAAAUGCUGUAGACUCUGUCACAAGCCUUGCAGGUAUAAGCAGCAUCGGUGAUGCCAAUGGUGGUAACAGCAGCAGCAAUAUUGGAAACCACAACCACCACAGUAACGUUCAUAGUAACCGGAACAUUGAUAAAACUCCAACAGCCAUUGGUUUGAAUCCUACCACUGGCCUUAUAGUCAACAUUGCAACCGAAAUCAUUAAAUUCACCACUUGUACCACUACUGCCAUCGCCCCUACCACUAACAUUGACUCUAACGUCCUUGCUACUAACACAACAACUCUGUGUUCACUUUCUAGUUGCAUUGACACUGGUUCAAAUAGCUGUUUAGGCAAUGAGGUUGGCUCUGAAGCACAACAGUCACAACCACCACCACUACCACUACCACCAACACCACAACAACAGAAACAACUAUCGCCACCACUUCCUCUACAGCAAAAUCAACUGUCAUCACCACUACCGCUAAGACAAAAUCAAUUGUCACCACUACCACUACAACAGCAAAAACUAUCACUACAGCCACCACUACAACAAAAGCUGCCAACAGCAACAACACCACUGAAACAGCAAACACAGUCGUCACUACAACCACAGGACCCAUUGGCAUCCCUAUCAUUACAACAACAACAACAACAACAACCACGGCUGCAUCAAACACCUUCACCAGAACAACUUCAGCAACUACCACAACAAGAGGACAGACAAAAUAAUGUUGUGUUGGUGCCUGUUUCAAAUGAUGCAAUUGUGACGCAGCAGCAGCAACAGCAGUCACAAUUGCUGAUGAUGAUGCACCAAAAAUGUGACACGGACACUAACAACAGAGACAGCAUCCCCAGCAGUAACACAUACGGUGUAACGAGACUGGCUGCAGCCACCAACACCAACACCUCCACCACCAAUGUCAGCAGCACUUGCACCUUCACCACUGCCACCAAUAACACCAAUAUCAACACUUCUCAAAUCAUAUCACCACCAUUACUACAGUGUUCACAGCCAUUACCACCUCCACCACCACCACCACUACCACUAUCUGCACCAUUGUUAAAAACUACCACACCAGCCACUUUCAGCAACCAUGCAUUGGACACUUUCCUCAGUCCACUUCACACAGACGGUACAAUUGUUCCUGUCACAAAUAGCACCUGUAUUUUUCCAACGUCACUGUCAACGUCAUCCUCCUCCUCUUCAUCAUCCUCCUCCUCUUCAUCAUCCUCAUCCUCCUCUUCCUCAACCCCUUCUCUGUCAUCUCCAGCCUUGUUUUCUCUACUUCCUCCAUCAUCUACAGCCUCUUCUUCACAAACUGUCAGCGUACCACUACAGAAUACCUCGACAAAACAAACCAACUCCAUUUUGACGUCACAAGAUGAUUCUCUGUUCCUCAACAGAGGCAACGCAGAACCUUCAGUUCAAUCGGCAAUGGUAAUGCCACCAUCUACUCCAAUUCAGUGUCAAGUAAUGCCAACAACAGAAGCAGCUUCUUCUGACUGCAGUAGCGAUGAAAACUCUUAUGGUGACUGUGCAAGCAGUGAGCCUUCUUCAAAACCGGAUAUAGAUUCUCCAGAGUCGUUUGUUGCCUCAACUCAAACUGGGUUCGAUAAUAGUGAGCAUGACGAAAGCACAGAAGACAGCAUUGGCAACAGUGCCAGUUAUACUGGAAUAUCGUCAUCGGUAUACACUAAAGACAAUAUUUCAAAAGUUCUAGACAGCCAUUACAAAAGGAUAAAAGACCCAGCCUUGAAGAGUACUUAUGAUAUGGAGUGUGGCAUGAAACUCUGUCAGGACUUCUGCAUCAAAGAUGGCAGCAAUUUUGCUCGAGAUGUGCUUUUGCACUCAAGUGUUGACCACAUGUGCAAGUCCUACAUUGACGAUGAUGAUGAUGCUGAAGAUGAUGACAAUGUGUAUAAAUGUUCUUUCUCCUUGCCGAGGAAGAAAAACAUAGAUGCUCUUGACUGUAAGAAAACGUCACCAACUUCUGGUCUUGUCAGUGAUUUGCUGAGGUGUACCACUGCCAUUGCUGAUGAUCACUCUUAUUGUUGGUCAGUGUCAAAGACACAAGAACCAGAAUCGCUCUUGCGAGACGCGCAUCCGUGUGAUGAUGAAGUAUCUGACUCGAGUUCGUUGGAUGACAUUCCUGAUAAGCAGGAACAUUUAACUUUCUUAACUCAAAAUGCAUUUCUUAAAAACAACAACCCCAAAAGUGUUGAGACGAAGACUUCGUUUUUCUCACCUGCUUCCCAAUCUAUCCGGAAGCAGAUUGCUGAGAAAGACAGGAAAAUGCCGAGAAACUUAUUCAAAGGGUGUGUUUCUUUAGAUAACAUUGGUUUUAAUAUUUGCAAUAACAGCAGUAAUUUUAAAAUGGCAACAAAUGCAACAAAUAUGUUAUGUAAGACUAUUCCAAAUAACCUAAUUAAUAAUAAUGAUAAUAAUAAUAUUAAUAAUAGUAGUUGUAGUGGUAGUUUCAAUAACAACAACAACAGUAAUAAUAAUGUUGUUGACAUCGUUACGCCAGAUGGGGACGAUUUUGUUACUGACUUUUCCUCCUUUGUACUUGAAGAGAAACCCCAUUUAAAUUUUAAUAGCUAUUACCCUUUUGAAUCAAAGUUUGCUGAUGAAAGGAAAGUCAAUGGCUUAUCUAGUCCAGUGCAGCUCUCUGAGUUGUCACCAAAUUCUCGAUCGCCCAAAAUCACUCCUUUAAAGAAUGUCAACAACAGAAUGAACACACAGAGCUCUCCCAAAAUCGGAAGCUUUCGAAUUGGCACCUAUGGAUCAAUAUCCAACAAAGAGUGGGAGGAAAACAUCGAUUCUGACACGCCGUUGACUGUUGGGAGCAUCUCUAUGUCGGAUCAGAAGCGGGAGACAUUCACGUUUUGCCACAAGAAAGAUUUAUCUGACAGAUUAUCUGCAAAUGAUGAUCAGAAAAAUACAGGUCUACUUUAUGAGAAUUCCAUGGAUGUUGAUGACACUGUUAAAGCACUGAGCAGUGAUGGCAUGAAUGGGUUCAAGUUUCAGGAAGAAUCAGCAGGUACUGUUAACUACGCUCAUAUUCUUCAUGACCAUGACUACUGUAUACGAACCGCAAUUUCUCCAACCAAAUCUGAACUUGCAAAAGAACUCUUUAGCUCUAAACUACUGCCAUCAUCAACUUCCUCAAAGGUAUCUAAUCUUUCUUCAACAAAGACAACAGUUGUCUCGAACGAUUGUUCUAGUUCUCCUACAAACACCCCUGUUACCACAGAAGCAAAGACCUGGCGUAAACCUCGCAACAGUACCAGCAAGUCAGUCGACAUAUCUGAAGAUGUGUCUGUUUCUAAUUUACCUCUUAAAAUUGAGGAGCCUGACCAAGAAAGUGCGGAAACCAGCGACGAGACCUCUCGUACCAACGAGAGUAAACUAAAAAUAACUGGGAGCUUUCAAAAUGAUUAUGUAUAUUUUCUUAAUAAAACUGCUCGCAGUAGAAGGCGAUUCAGCCAUGAGAUCUUGCCAGAUAAAAACCUUCAAUCAAAGCACUACUCUGACAUUGUUAUUCCUCACUUGACUGAUGCAGACAUUGAGGCUCUGAAGCGUCGGCAAAAUAAAUGCAGUCCAAUGUUAGAUGCAUCAACUGCCUCCAAGAACCUUUGUGAUGGAAGUAACGACAUGGAGAUUGACAGUAAACUGAUCCGCUCAGUUAUGAACAUGGAUAAUCCCAGUAUGGACCCUGACAUGGAAUAUACUCUUUCUGGACUCGAUAACGGAUUCGUCUCCGAAAGCAUGUCGACAAACUCGGAAGUCUGUUUUACGCCAGAAGACAUGGAUAUUCUUUACAGUGCAUUUAAAAUAGUAGAGAAUGCAAACGGCUUUCGAAGUUUGGAUGAAAUCCGAAAGACUGCCGACAGCUUUGAUGGCAUGCAGAAACAGAUGAACUCUUCUGUGUCUAUGCUUCAAGAGGACCAAAUUAACCCCUGCUUGACGGCUGUCGAUGAGAGUAAAGAGCCAUUCGUAAGCUCUGAUUGUAUGAGCUCUGAGGAAGCCAUCAAUGAGUCAGCACAAGUCCAUGCUCAUGGUUUGCCUCCAGAUAAUAAUUUACUAGAUUUUGAAAAUAUGCCUAUAAAUGAUAUGCAUAAUAUGAUAAGUAAUGAAAGGGACAAAUUUAAGGCACCAACUCUUGCUUGUUCUCAAGAAAGUGAUCUAAAUCAAUCUGAUUUGAACAAUUUAUGCUCCAGCAACCCUAGUGCAAACCUGACUGAUUUGCAAAUACCAUCUUUGGAGAAAUUUGACUUGUUAAGUGGUGAUUUGCCAUUAAAAUUGGACAAACCAGACUUAUUUCUUGAGCCUGCUGUCGAAGAUAUGUCUACAGUUCCUGACUGUAACCCGCCUUGGAUUGUAACUGUUACCAUGUUUUGGAAUGAUUUGCCUGCCAUUAUGAUGGACCACCAUCCAUACAUACGUCUUGUUGACAUCCAUAAACAAAUUCUUCCUGCAAAAGAUACAGGAAUCCUUAAAAAACGUUGUCAGCUUCUUGGCCUUCCUGUACAGAACUGCACAGAAUUUCAACGUUACUUUUUAGUGCAGUAUGGACGUGCAUACAAUUCUAAGAGUACAUUGGUCAUUUCAAAGGACGAUGCCAAAUCUUUAAUUGGCUACUAUGUGAACCCACCACCCCGGGCACCGAAAGGUGAAGGUAGUGAAGACGAGCACGGAAGUCCAGAGAAACGUAUUCUGAAAACAAAUGGUUCUUUGGAUGGAAGAAUGAAGAAACAAGCCAAAACCAUUGGAUCGAAGAGGCAAUCUUUGCAUAAGAAAAAUCUGUCUUUGGAAAACCAGCUAAAUCGAGAAAGGACAUUAAGUGAGAAAUCAGAUGACCAGCCUGUUGAGAAGCAGUCGGCCAGCCCAUCUAGAUUUGAUAGCACCACAGUGUCAGAGGCAGUAACUUCGACAACGUCAGCGGCAUCGAAAGCUCGUGUCACUUCCUCGUCGCCUCCCUUGACAAGCACCAGGUCACGCUUGCGUCACAAGAAGAUAAAUUUUCUAGACUUGAUCCGCGGUGAAGGUGGAUCAUCGUCUGCUUCAUUGUUGCCGUCACACUCGUCAUCAUCUUCAGUUGCACCCACCUCUUCUGGCUCAGUAGACAUUUCCCCAUUGGCUGGCACCAUGCCGACCCAUUCCUUGAGAUCCUCUUCUGCAUCCUCCCCUUCCUCCUCCUCCUCCUCCUCAUCUUCAUCGUCAUCCACCCUGUCUGCUCUUUUCCCACCUCUCUCAUCUUCACUGUCACCCCCGCCAUCCCCGUCAUCUAACAGUGUCCUCUCCUCCAACAAAAUGCACAGUGCCGUGGCCCUUGCAGGAGAGGAGGCUUCAUGCACCCGGAAGCAAGGGCUGGCUGUGGGCGCGAACCGAUUGAAGAGUGAAAAAUCAUUUGCUGGCUCUCGUCAGCAGAAGAACGGUAAUAAGGGACAAUUGAGCCCCUCACUGAUGUUGCUACAGGAACAGCAACAAAUGAGCAGCUUGCUAACGAGCGGGUGCAAUAGCUCAUUAAGGCCAUAUCCUGAUGCAAUUAACAGCAGCAGCAAUGGUGGUGGCAACAUCAAAGUCAACAAGACCAAAAAGCCACCAAACGACUGCAAAUUGGUCAGCGGAGGUGGCGGAGGAGGAGCAGGGCGACGUUGCUACAGCCAAAAGAAUGGUCUGAAUGGUAAGCGGCAGAAGAAUGGCGAUGAGAAAGAGGCAGCUGGUAGUCACUGUGUCGGCAAGUUGCCAGCGAAAAUCUCCAAGUGGGCAAAGCCAAAUCGAGGCAUUGGUCGGCGAAUUAAGAAGAACAAUAGUAGCCGCCUGAAGGUGAAGCUAAAACUGCAAACCCCAAACCACAGUCUACCGGGCAGCACAAAUGAUUUCAGAUUUAUUAAUUCCACCAUCAACACCACCAACUAUGACAGCAACUAUAACAACACUAACAUUAAUAAUAUUAUUAAUGGUAAUAUUAAUAACAACAAUAGUCACAUUAACAAGAAUAUUAGCAGAAACAGAAACAUCACUAAUAAUAAUAAUAACAACAAUAAUAAUUAUAACAGUAGCAGCAGAAGCAACGCAGCUAUUAACCCUUCCAAGUCCAUCACAGCAACAAAAACACUAACAACAACAACAACAACAACAACAACAAUGCCAGUAUCAUCAACCACAACAACCACAACACCAACAGUAACAACAAACAGUAGUAGUAAGCCUCCCAGUCAUAAAAAACGUUUAAGAGUCAACAAAAUGCAAAGCAUUUUUGACGUUAUUCAUGUUCUCCGUGAGGAUGUAGUAGCAGACAGGUGCAUAGGUGUGCAGGCAGGAGAGCUUCUGACAAACUUGUACAUAGAUAGAGACUCCAAGUGCAUCAAGUGCACAACUUGUACAGAACUGUUUUCUAUCGUACACUUUAUGCAGCAUCAUCAGCAUUCAAACUCCGGUGUCAGUUGCCAUAGUGACUUACCUUUGUCAGCUUCACCGUUAUCGCAACAACAACAACAACAACACCAACACCAGCAACAACAACAACAGCAACAGCAGCAGCAGCAGUUGUCAUCGCCAUUCUUGUCAUCAUCGUCAUCAUUGUCAACACCACCAACAUCUUUACCACCUUCACUUCCAACACCAGAUACAGUACGGGAGCUAUCGUCAACCCCGUGCGUGUGGCGUUUGAAACUCAACAGCAAUACUUCUGAGAGUCAACAGAAGUUGUGGAAACACUUCUUGAAGAAGCAACAUCAACUGCAGAGCAGGCAGCAGUCUCCUUCGAAAUCUGGCAAUGGCAUUAGAUUUUGUACAUCGGCUAACAUGUUGCUCUUGGAAAGCCAGCCAUCCAACCUCAAGCAAGGUGGAACUAGUGCAAAUUCUUCAACCUCUCGGGUGAGUUCCCGUAAACGCAAACAGAAACAGUUCUAUCCAAUUGAAAACUAUGAAUUCAAAACUGCUCUUAGCUCUGCGGCACACAGCAGGAAUUCAGCCGGCACCAUCAGUAGUGAGCAAAGUAGCAGACACUAUGGUGGCGCGGUUGUCAAAAGCCCUGUUGGUGCUGCUUCUGGCCGAGCGAUGAGCUGUAGUAUGGGGUUGAGUCCCUCCAAGAAAACCAUGAAGCUUUCGCAUCAGCCAUGCGAAGGUGCAGCUAUGUCUGUGUCGCCAGUGCCAGGCUCAGCCAAAGCUGUGAUCCUCCCUGGCGUUAGUGGUUCAUCUGCCUUCUCCACGCCACAACAAACUCUCAAUCCCACGGCAACCACAACCCAUAAAAAGAACAGGAACAACAAAAGCAACCACACAACCAUCAACAAAAGCCACAACACAACUACCAACAGAAACACCAACACCAACAACAACAACACUACAGCCACCAGCAAAAACAAUUCAACCACCACUACCACCACUACUACCACCACCACUAACAACAAUAGCAGUAGCAGUAGUUUAUCAGAAAAUGUUGUAACUUUAAAAAAUGAACCAGAACUGCUGAACUUUACUGCAUUGCAAACCGAUGAUUAUGAUAUGUGAGGUUAAAAACAAAAAAAAAAUAAAAAAAGGAAAGAGAAAAAA